GGGCAGCGCCGCUCUGUGACAGCAGAAAGUGGCUGGAAAGGGGCGAGGCGUCACACGCUCUGCCUCCGGGAGGCAGGGAAACGCUGAGGGACCGAUGGGAAGGCAUGAAUGAAUGAAUCUCCAUAAAGAGCCCCAAGCAGCAGGGAGAGGGAGAGAGGAGGAGGAAGGAAGAGAGGAGGAGGAAGAAGAAGAAGACCCGGAGCAGAACAGGCGGCAGCAGACGUGACGCCGGCAGCUCCAACUAUGAUCAGUGCAUAAAUCUACCUGCAACACAGGACGUUGGAAAAUUACUGAGAGACAGCAAUGUCCUCCCCGCUGCUUGGAGAGAAAGGAAGGAUGCACCUUCAGUUCAAGUAUUUGACUUGGUGACCAUCCUGUGGGAUCCUGAAUGCUGUGUCCAGUGUGCCUCCCAGCCCCUGCAGACAACAACUAGGAGAUGUUCAUGACUGCAACAGGACCCAGAAGUAAUACACAGGCACAAAGGUGAGCCGAGAGACUGAGCGGAGACAGCCAGACCCACAGAGGCACAUGGAGAUGGGGACCAGUGUUGCAAUGGGCAGCAGAAAGAAAGCAAGGAGAUGUACUAUAAAACGUGAGAGGAAAGGCUGUCUCUAAGCCAGAGGGAUUCCUCCACACGGGCACCUAACUUCAUGACUCCCUCUCCAAGAUGCCAGAGACCUGGUGAUGUGGGACCACCUUCAGCCACCCAGGCCUUGGUAGCAGUCCCCGGCCGGUGGCUGCCGCGUACCGUGGGCACUGAGGUCCGCUUUCUCCACAGACGCUUCCCCCCUGUCUCCAAGCCAUGAGGAGAAGGGAGAGGCGAGCAAAGCUGCUGAAGAAGGACUAGCCCACGUCUUCCUGGCUCCCAUCCCACUCUUCACUUCCAGCAGACCAGGAACCCCUCCUCCACGCCGCCCUUCCAGAUGGCAGGUCGCCGGUGGGCCGUGACUUCAGCCCUCUGCAUGUGCGUGGCAGCCAUCUCUCUCCUGCAUGCCAGCGGGGUGCAGGCAGACUGCUGGCUCAUCGAGGGGGACAAGGGCUUUGUCUGGUUGGCCAUCUGCAGCCAAAACCAGCCCCCCUACGAGUCCAUCCCCCAGCAAAUCAACAGCACCAUCGUGGACUUGCGGCUGAAUGACAACAAGAUCAAGAGCGUGCAGUACGCCUCGCUCAGCCGCUUCGGCAACCUGACAUACCUCAACCUGACGAAGAACGAGAUCUCCUACAUCGAGGACGGUGCCUUUUCAGGACAGUUCAACCUCCAGGUGCUGCAGCUGGGUUACAACCGCCUGAGGAACCUCACCGAGGGCAUCCUCCGGGGCCUGGGGAAGCUGGAGUACCUCUAUCUCCAGGCCAACCUCAUUGAGACCGUCACCCCCAAUGCCUUCUGGGAAUGCCCCAACAUAGUGAACAUUGACCUGUCCAUGAACAGGAUCCAGAGACUUGACAGCAACACUUUCCGGGGCCUAACCAAGCUCUCUGUCUGCGAGCUCUACAGUAACCCCUUCUACUGCUCCUGUGAGCUCCUUGGCUUCCUGCAGUGGCUGGAGGCUUUCACCAACAUGACGCGCACGUAUGACCGGAUGCAGUGCGACUCCCCGCCCGACUACAUGGGCUACUACUUGUUAGGCCAAGGCCGGACUGGCUACCGCAAUGCCCUGAGCAUGCUCUCUUCGCUUUGCACCGGUGGCUCCUACACUGUGAUCCCUCGUUUUUUCCCUCCCAGGUACCAGGUGACCACGAUGCCCUCUGAAAGCCCCUGCUCUGAGGAGGAGUGCUCCUCUGGUGAUGGCACCACGCCCCAGUUCUCUCUCUUCACGCCCAUCGGUGAAACAGAGGUGCGCCCCAACAUCCAAGUGAAGCACCUCAACCACAACUCAGCCGUCCUCACCGUGCAGAUCCCCUACCCCUUCAGCAAGAUGUACAUCCUCUCCCAGUUCGAAAAUGGCUUCUCCUCCAUGAUCACCAAGCUCAGGAAGAAGGAGGAGAACAUCACCGUGAGCAACCUAGUAGCACAAAGAGAUUACACCUACUGCGUAGUCUCUGUCCACCAGUACUCCAAGUACAACCACACCUGCGUCACCAUCACACCCACCAGACCCAACCGCAAGGAGCCAGUGCCCACCCCUUCCACCGCCACCCAUUAUAUCAUGACAAUCUUGGGCUGUCUCUUUGGCAUGGUGAUUGUCCUGGGCGUUGUGUAUUACUGUCUCCGAAAGAGGCGCCAGCAGGAGGAGAAGCACAAAAAGGCUGCUGGCAGCAUGAAGAAGACCAUCAUUGAGCUGAAAUACGGGCCAGAAAUGGAGACCACCAGCAUCACCCAGCUGUCCCAGGGACAAAUGCUGGGUGGGGAGACGGUGACCCGCAUCCCGUACCUGCCUUCGGCUGGCGAGGUCGAGCAGUACAAGCUGAUUGACAGUGAGACCCCCAAGGUCACCAAGGGAAACUACAUGGAGGUGAGGACCGGUGAGCAGCCUGAGAGACGAGACUGUGAGCUGUCCCUGCCGCCAGACACCCAGAGCUCUGUGGCUGAGAUCUCCACCAUUGCCAAGGAGGUGGACAAGGUGAACCAGAUCAUCAACAACUGCAUCGAUGCCUUGAAAUCUGAGUCCACCUCCUUCCAAGGGGUGAAAUCAGGGGCAGUCUCCACAGUAGAGCCUCAGCUGGUGCUCUUGUCAGAGCAGAUCCCCAGCAAGCACGGAUUCCUCUCUCCAGUCUACAAGGAAAGCUACAACCACCCUCUCCAGCGACACCACAGCAUGGAGGCAGCUCCCAAACGCUCCAGCACCUCUUCCAGUGGCUCCAUCCGGAGCCCCAGGUCCUACCGCUCUGAGGGAUCGGGCCACAAAUCAGAAGCCAAAUACAUUGAGAAGACGUCCCCCACCACCGACACCAUCCUCACUGUGACGCCGGCCGCGGCCAUCCUGCGGGCAGAGGCAGAGAAGAUCCGCCAGUACAGCGAACACCGGCACUCGUACCCCAGCUCGCACCAAGGCGAGCAGCACGACAGCAUGGCGGGGCGAAAACCUUCCAUCCUGGAGCCUCUGACCCGUCCUCGUCCCAGAGACCUGGCCUACUCCCAGCUCUCGCCUCAGUAUCACAACCUGAGCUACACCUCCAGCCCCGAGUACACCUGCAAACCAUCGCACAGCAUCUGGGAGCGCUUCAAACUCAACCGCAAGCGGCACAAAGACGAGGAGGAGUAUAUGGCAGCCGGCCAUGCCCUACGCAAAAAGGUCCAGUUUGCCAAAGACGAGGAUCUUCACGACAUCUUAGACUACUGGAAGGGUGUCUCUGCCCAGCAGAAGUCCUGAGUCCUCACAGAACUCCUGACUUAACACACUAACUGGACCAAAAGAAAUCCGCAGCAGCUAUUUUUAUUCAGACUGUCUUUGGAACAAAAAUAAAGUGGGGAAAAAAAUCAAUUAAAAAAAAAAAAUAAAAAGAGAGAACUAAUUAUGAAAGGGGGGAAAAAAAAAUCUAUAAAUAUCCUAUAUAAUACAUCAAGAGAGAGGGAGAGAGGUUAAAAAGUUCUCACGUGCGUGAGACAUGCACCAAAUCUGAACGCAAACUUUACAUGACAAACUGUGGAGUGGAAAAGGAAACAGGGGGGAAAAAAAAAAAGUUUUGUUUCAUUUUGAUUUUUUAAAAAAAAUAAAUAAAAAAGGGGAAAAAAAGAGAAAAAAAAAAGAGGGAAAAAAGAGGAAAAAAAGAGAAAAAAGAGGAAAAAAAGAAAAAAAAGGAGAAAAAAGGGAGAGAAAGAGAAAAAAAGGAGGAAAAAAGGAGAAAAGAGAGGGAAAAGAGGGGGGAAAAGGAAAAAAAAGAAAAAAGAGAAAAAAGAGAAAAAAAGAAAAAAGGAGGAAAAAAGGAGAGAAAGAGAAAAAAGGAGGAAAAAAAGAAGAAAAGAAAGGGAAAAGAGGGGGAAUAAAGAAAAAAAAAGAGUGAAAAGGAGGAGGAAAAAAAGAAGAAAAAAAAAGAGAACAAAAGGAGAAAAAAGGGACAGAGAGAAAAAGGAGGAAAAAAGAAGAAAAGAAAGGGAAAAGAGGGUGAACAAAGAAAAAAAAGUGAAAAGAGAGGAAAAAUGGGAAAAAGAAGAAAAAAUGAAAAAAAGGAGAAAAAAGGGAGAAAGAGAAAAAAGGAGGAAAGAAGGGAAAAUGAAAGGAAAAACAGAGGGAAUAAAGAAAAAAGAGGGAAAAGAAGGAGGGAAAAAAGGAAAAAAGGAGGAAAGAUAAGAAAAAAGAGAAAAAAGGAGAAAAAAGAGAGAAAAGGAAGAAAAGGGGGAAAAGAGAAAAAUAGAAGAGGGAAAAAAGAAAAUAGAAAAAAGGAGGAAAAAAGGUGAAAAGAAAGGAAAAGGGAAAAAAGGGAAAAGAAAAGGGAAAAGAGAAAGAAAAGGAAAAAAGGAGAAAAAAAAGAGGGAAGAGGGAAAAAAGAGAAUAAAGGGGGGGAAAGGAAACAAGAAAGGAAAAAAAGGGGAAAAACAAAGGAGAGGGAAAAAAAGGGAAAACAAAAGGGGAAAAGAGUUGAGCAUAAAAAAUGAAAGAGCAGGCAGAGAGCUGAGGUUCGGCACUCCCCAAUACCGCAUUGCAUGAGUCCCUUCUUCCGUGAUUUUUGUGGAUCCUUCGUGAACAGUUUGUGUUCUUCCUUCCUUUCCAAAAUCAACAGCAACAAAAACAGCAAAGAAAAGAAAAACAAAGGAAAAGAAUAAUAAUAAUUAAAAAAAAAAAAAAAAGAAACAAAAACAAACAACAAACAAAACAAAAAAAAAGAGAGACCAGAAGGAGACCCUCCCUUUGGGGCUGGUGUUAUUUUUUUUGCAAACGGAGUCUUCCAAGUUUAAGACUUUUCACCCGGUCGAAGGCCCGUUCACGUUUUCACUCGCCGAGAGGUUUUACCACACAUUGCAUUGUCAACCCUGAAAGUCAUUCAUUGUACAGAGAAAAUUUCUAUAUUUGCAAAAUGUUUGCUGUAUAAUGAGAAAGAGAGAGAGAGGAGAGAAAAAAAAAAACAACAAAAUCCAAACAAAAACAAAACAAUACUACAUCUACUAAAAAGAAAUAUAUCUAUAUCUAUAUCUA